AUGAAGCUCUUCUUGGAGCGAUUCGCAAAACCUGGACCCUUAAGGGAUCGAUGCAACUUCUUUCUCUAUCUGAUGGGUUCUUCCUCCUUCGUUUCACCACUGAGGAAGAUUAUGAGAUGGCAUGGUCUAAAGGCGUGUGGUAUUUCACGCAUCGCCAGCAAAAUUGGCAUCCCGUUAGCUGUUGACGUUCUUACUGCACAAAAAACCCGUCUCACCUUCGCUCGUGUCUGCAUUCAAGUAGACGCCUCUGCAACUUACCCUGAGGAGAUUCCGAUCUCUAUAGAGGAUGAUGUCUUCAGCCUGAAAAUUCAAUAUGAGUGGAAGCCUACUGUUUGUGAACACUGCAAAUCGAUGGUACAUGGCUCCUUUUUAUGUCCAUUCAAACCUGAGGCUGCGACCUCUAAUGUCAUCCAACCUCCACAGACUUCGUUUCGUGGCCGAAGCAAAAGUAGAAAGCCACAAGGUAGGAAUCCACCGUCUUCUCCCACCAUUUCUCCCUCUAUUAUUCCCUCUUCCAUUGCACUCGCUGGUCCCAGUCCCCAAGCUCAAACAGGCCCGACCAUGGUGGAAAGCACUAUGGUUCAGAGUUCCCUGUUAGCCUCGUCUAAACAGACUAAUACUCAACAGAAUCCUAGCCUUCCUCCUCUACCUCCUCCGCCAACCUCUUCCACCAUCCCCACCCAAAUUCCCCCCACUGCCUUAUUACCUACUCUGGUACUGUCCAUUUCUAAUAUCCCUAAUCUCAAUUCUCCUCAUGAAGCCUCAUCAUCCUCAAACUCCUCCUCUUUACCGCCAUAUAAGCCUCUACCACCUAAAAUUCAAUCUCCCAAUAAGUUUGAUGCCCUUCACCUGUUGGUUGAAGAUCAAGACAACUCAGCGAAUGACACUUCCUUAGAGAUUGACUCUUCUGCUCGGGUCAAAGAAAAGGAGAAACCGCAAACUCAUUCGGAUAACGAUAGAGAUGCCCGUAUUCCUCUUUGGGAUAAGAUUAGAAGCUGUGCUGAUACAAUUUCAAAUCCUUGGAUAAUAAUGGGGGACCUUAAUUGUUGUCGUUUUGCUGCGGAUAAAUCGGGAGGUAAUGUCUUAUCUCAUAGCAGCUUAGGGGAAUUAAAUUCUGUUAUCUUUGAUGCUAACAUUGAAGACUUAAAUUCGGUGGGAAACAAAUACACUUGGUUUAAUCAGCAAACCAGUAAUCCCAUCCACAUCAAAUUAGAUAGAGUAUUGGUCAAUGAGCAAUGGACUUCCACUUACCCGAACUCCUACUACUCGGUUCAGGCCCCAUCCUGCUCUGACCACUGCCCACUCAUUCUUCACUCUACUGUUAAUAUCCCAACUCCACACCGCUUCCUCUUUAAAAAUUUCUGGACUUCUUUAGAUGCAUAUUGGUAUAUCCUACUUGAUGUUUUCUCUGCCAACCAAGUAGGUAACCCGUUGGCUGAUUUAUGUAAUAAACUUCGUGCAUUAAAAAGGAGGCUCAAAUUGGAGCCUUAG